UAUCGAUUCGAAUUAGUGAACUCUUCUGAGGAUGAGAUAACAAUAUUAAACAGGAAGUAGAGAUCUGUCUUAUAAACGUUUUCUGUCAUCUCGUUGAAUUUUCAGGAACAUUUUAGAUUUGGCAAUUCAAAGAUCGGCCACAGUGAUGGAGGAGGAAGACACCGCCUGCUGCCCCACGUGCACCACAUCUUUGGCAGAACCCUUUAUCCUGUGCACACAGUGUCAGCCCAACAUCCACCUGUGUCUCCACUGCUUCGCCCGGGGUGUAGAGUUUGGGGGUCACGAAAGCAAUCACGCAUAUGCCAUUUGUAAAAAGGACUUUCCCUUGUUUGAGAGUCAGUGGUCUGCUCAAGAUGAGGAGAGACUGUUGAGUCUUAUCCAGGAAAAUGGAUAUGGGAACUGGCGGGAGGUUUCACAGCAGAUGAAAAACAAGAGUAGCUCAGAGUGUGAGAGGCAUUACAACCAGUGGUACAUUGACAGUCCCCACCAGGCACUGCCCAAAUUUCCAGAAUCCAAGAUCACAUAUUUUCCAUCUCCUAUUGUGUUUAAACUUUCAGAGGACCCCCCAAGACCAGGUGAAGGCACUGCUCUGUCAAUAGAUAUGGCUGGAUAUAUGGCCGCUCGCGGAGACUUCAGCAUUGAACACGACAACUUCGCUGAACUGGAACUUCAGCACAUUGAGUUUGAGAAUGAUGGAGAAAAUCAGCUGGAAGAAGAUUUAAAAACUGCCGUAAUUGAAAUAUACAACAGCUGUCUCAAAGAAAGGCAAAGGAGAAAAAGAAUAAUACGUGACUAUGGGUUGAUCAACUACAGGAAACUGAUGGAGUCAAGUCAUAGCUAUGAGCGUUCAAUCCGACAUAUUGUGGAGGGUUUGCGAGCAUUCAUGCGUCUACAGUCUCCAAUGCAGUCAGACAUGUACUUGGAAUCACUGAAUCAUGAGCAGGAACUGAAGAACGACAUCCGCAAGCUCCAGGAGUACAGAGACAAUGGACUCACGCGAUUCCGACACAUGAAGGUGUACAGUAUGCUGAAGUCGAGGCGGACUGUCACACAGAACAAACGCCACCUGCUGAAAGACAUCCUCUCACAUAUCCAGGAUGAGUCUGCUUGUCAGUCCUGGCUGAAUCGUCAAGUUGCUCUGGAUAAUGUGUCUAAAGGCAUACCCCUAUCUCUCCCGGCUGCUCCUCGAAAAUCAGCCCCUCCCCUUGAUAUAUCUGGACUUCCAGGCCAGGAGAAGCUGUCACAGAAAGAAAGAGAGUUGUGUGCAUCUGUCCGACUAGUGCCGGAAGCGUUUUCUGGAUUCAAGAGGGUUCUAAUGUCCGAGUGUCAGAGAGUCGGGUGUCUCAAGUUAGCCCAGGCCCGGACACUCAUCAAGAUUGAUGUCAACAAGACGAGAAAACUGUAUGACUACCUCAUCCAAGAAGGGUUCAUAAAUAAAGAUCCUUUAUAAACCU